AUAAUUUGUACAGCAUCUAAAGAUAAAUUUAAGACGAUCUUAAGUAUAUGAUCCGACUAUGAAUAGCGGCUUCAGACUUCUUUCUGCUAAACCGUCUAAGAAUAUCCCGAACAAAUCUUUUAUAAAUAUUUAAAAAUUAGUGAAGCAAAUGAAAUAAUCAAAUGUCUUAUUAAUGAUUCAACAUGGUGAGUUUUCCAUUCUGGAAAAUAGAAAUCUAAUUAAGUGAAAAAGAAAAUAUUGCAACAAUUAUAACGCAUUUGAAUGGAGAUGCGUAUUUGUUUGAUUUUAACGAUGUGAUCAGUCUAGAAUAAUUAAACAUCGUGUAUCACGCGUUUGUCCAGAUACGUUUACGAGUAUUGACAUCAGUGUGGAAAUUUGUAAUUUAUCUACUUAUGAGUAUUGGCAAUAUAUUUUAAAAGGGAAAAAUGGACUUUAUAAAGAAAGUAGGAGAUACACUUACAGAGUCAGAAAAAUGGUUUGAUGUUAUGAAUAACUUUCAGAAACUUAAAACUGAUCAAGACCGUGUAAUGUUUGUUCUCAACAUAUUGGGGGAGUACAAUUUGAUUCCUAUUCCAGAUAAUAAUCUAAAAAAUGCAGAAAAAUCUGAAAAACUGCGAGAACAAGGAAAUGCUAUUUUUGUUGCUUGUACUUCUAAGAGCUCAUUAUGUUAUAAAGCACAGCAGUUAUAUACAGAAAGUAUAUCCCUAGCACCUUAUCCCUCCAAGCAGCUUACUCUUGCUUAUGCCAAUAGAUCUGCUGUUUUAUUUGAAUUAGGUUUCUAUUCUGAAUGUGUUAAGGAUAUUGAUAGAGCAUUGGCCUUAGAUUAUCCUGAUGAUCAGAGGGCAAAACUGUAUAUACGUAAAAUGCAAUGUUCAGUCGCGUUGGGUAAUUCAAAUGUGAAAAAUAUAAUCAAAGAAACAGAGUAUUGGAUAAAUAAAAUUACAUCAAAUGCCAACAAGUUAAAAUUACAAACUAAGCUAAAUGGAUUAUGCCAGAAAAUUGAGCAGAAAAAUGAUCAGUAUAAUUCUACAAAAUCAGAAAGGAAAAUAGGAAAAGAACUUCCUCUUCCUGUUAUCAAGUCCUAUAGUAAUGAAAUUCUUUGUGCAUCAGAUGCUAUAACUUUAAAAUAUGAUGAACACAAUGGCAGACAUGUUGUUGCUACUCGUAAUAUUGAUGCAGGUGAAAUAAUCGUUAUAGAAAAACCUUACUCUACGUUGUUACGGAAUAACCUAAUGUCACACUGUUCAAAUUGCUUAAGAGUAUGUUUGGCUACUAUACCCUGCAAAUACUGCACUUAUGCCAUGUAUUGCUCAGAACAGUGCAGGGAUAUUGAAUGGGAGAAAUAUCAUGAUGUGGAAUGUGCUAUCUUUUCUGUUAUGGUUGCUGAAAAAUUUCUCUCUCUUGACCUUUUUAGUUUGAGAAUUCUUAUGUGUGCUAUAAAAGAAGCUGGCGAUAUACAAGGGUUAAGAACUAUGUUGGAAAGAGCUGAUGGAUCUGAUGAUCCAAGAACUAUGGGUUUUUCACCGGAUGGAAAGUUUCAUAGUGAAAAAUAUAUCAGUUUGUAUGGUUUGAUGACGAAUAGUGAGGAAAGAUCAUUUUUUGAUCUUUUUGGGAGAUUUGUAGAUACUUGUUUUGUUUUAUAUCUUUUAGCACAGUAUACGAAAAUUUUUGGUACUAAAUUACCAGGCAAUUUCAAAACUUUGGCAAACAAUGACAAUGCUACUUUCCUAGGUGGUCUCAUUCUGAGACAUCAACUAAUAAUCUCGACUAAUGCUCAUACGAUCUAUGAAGAGCAAUAUUUAUGCGCUGAAGAACGUGGUAAUGCUAUUUUGCCUUUUUGUAGUCUAUUUAAUCACAGUUGCAAUCCAAAUGUCUUCAGGGUUUCAAGAUCUCAGCAUACUGUUUUGUAUACUUUGUAUCCGAUUCGAAAGGGCGAGCAGCUUCUAGAUAAUUAUGGAUCUCACUUUGCUAUGGAAUCAAAAAUUGUAAGACAAAAUAUGCUACUUAAACAUUAUCACUUUACCUGUAAAUGUAUACCUUGCCAAGAAAAUUGGCCCGUGCUUUCUGACUUCAAAUCAUUUGAAACUUUAGCUAUACCAGCGAGCGACAAGAAUGUGAUACGAAACGCAUUAAAAAAACUGGACACGUAUAUUGAUAUGGCAAGGAAGGCCGAUGUCCUGGGUAAGCCUUAUAUCAUUGAAGAUUUGUUAACGAUGAUACGAGUGAUGUAUGAUCGUGUGCCGAUUGCUUGCCAGGAGAUGGGUAAUGUAGUGGAAACUUUAAAACGAGUGUUCGCCUUACACGGUAAUACAUUCAUCUUACCACAGAAUUAGGACAAGUAAACGCAUGUUCCUUUACAAUAAUAUUCUUUGAUCGGUAAAAUUUGUUGUUUUGUUAUCGUCUUGCUAAUGAUAAGCGUAUUGAUAUUUGUAAAGAGUUUUAAUUAAUUAGCAUAUCGAUACGUAAAGAAUUUAAGUUUAUUAACGCACCGAUAUCUAUAAAGAGUGUCAGUGAAUUCGAGUUUGAAAUUAAUGUUUUAUUUAUUUAUUUGUUAUUUUUAACAAGAAGCUCCGAAGUCCUGGUUUCUUACCGUGGUCAUUUUAAUUGGGUGACACUUACGAUCGAUUGAAUAAAUUUAUAACUCGAACUUUAUCUUUUACUCUAAUAAUUGAUGUUACAGUAAAACUAAUGUGAGGCGUAGCCCGCCUUUUUACUAAUUUGUUAUAUUGCAAUAAAUAAAAUUUAUCAGGGAUAUUUUAUGUAAGCUGCUUAUUAAUUGAUCGCAAGUGUAACUUUAUGAACGUCUUGAAUCUUUUCACCUUUUAAAAAUUUUACUAUUAUUUUCUUGUUUUUCGUAAUAUUGUAUUAUUCAAGAUGACCACGAUGAGAAAACAGGAACCUUAAAUACACAAAAUAGAGAAAGAGAGUUUGAUAAAAUAUUUUUACGAAAUAUAUUAAAAAUAUUUAGAGAUAACAUUAUAUUAUGACAUUAUUAUGUUGAUAUAGAUAUAUAAUAUAUUAUUUGACAGAUUAUAAGGUUGUCUUGGGCAA